AUGGGCGGCAAUGGGACGGUGGUUGGCGUCAAACGAGUCGAAGCAGGGAUGCCUUCUGAGGAGUGGGACGACUCCAUGCCACUCCCCGGUGACAUCGUCAAGGGGGUCGCGCCUGCCGACGACGACGACGACGAGGAAAGCCCCAUUUUUGCCUCCCCCAAGAGCCGGUCGGAGAUCAGCUCCGUUCUCGGUCGGCUGGGACGCCGGUCCGAGUCGGUCUGGAUCAAGGUCCAGAGAGGCAGCAGCCUGCUGGACCUUCGCGCCCGUGUCAUCCCCUACCGCGGCCACAAGCUCUAUCGCCGUUUCACCGUGAUGGCCGCCCGUGACGACCGCCACGUCGCGGUGCUCGGCGAUCUCACUCUGGAGCGGUGCGCGGAGCUUCAGGAAAUGAGCAGAACGGUGGUUAACGUGGAUGGCAUCGGGUUCGUCAGGAAGAAAAGCGUGAGCUACGACUGGAAGAAGAAGGUGGAAACCUACUUGCCGGACCGCCAUUCCACUCUGAUUAGCUCCAUCCUCUUCAUGCCUUUCCCCAGCGAGCGCAACUUCGAGGCCACCAUGACGCGAUCCAUGGCUUGGUUCUCAUCUACCGUCUCCUCCGGAGCUCCUCUCGUCUUCGUCAACAUCCAAACAGAGCAAAUCUUCUUUUUCCAUAAUGUUUAA